CUCCCCCAUGCGCCCAAGAGCGAGAAGCCCCUUCCCUUCUCUCUCUACUUUGAUGGAAGAGCGAAAGGUCAAAGCGUGGCGGAGCCGCUUCUGCUUUCUGGGGCUCGGUCCGACAAGCGAGCCACGGGCUUUUCAUGGGCGAAGCACGGAUAACCAGGGUUAAAGGUUGCGGAAGAGGGUUAGGUUUUGGGAGCAGCCACGAUUGCGAUACCGAUAAUUGGGGAGCCCCUGACACAGGUCAUGAUUGAAGGAAGAACACCACUAUUUAAAACCCCCACCCCCUCCACGCCUCUUCCCAACUCCUCCCAUUCCAUCAAAAAUCCCCAAAAGCCUCCUUGUAAACCGUUUGCAACUCCGCUUCCCUCCCCUUCCCUUCCAUCCAUCCCCCUUCAACCGCUUUUCCUCUCCCUUUCCUUUCUGUUCUGUGAAUUCCUUCACAAACCCUAACCUUCAGCUUAGGAGGAAAGAAAGAAAAGGAGGGGAGACCAAAAAAAAAAAAGGUGAAGCAAGGAGAAAAGGUAAAGAGAUAAAAGGGUUGCGAGCUAGCUUGGACAAAGAUGAUGGUGGAAAAGGAGGAUCUGGGGCUCAGCCUCAGCCUGAGGUCGUCGGAGACUCGGUUCCCUCUCCAGCUCAAUCUCAUGCCUCCUCCUCCUUCUUCCUCCUCCCAUUCUCAUCCACAGCCGCCGUUCCUGAAGUCCCAAUGGAGCGAUCUCCUCGCCUCUUCGGAGAGGAGAACGGAGGGGCCGCUGCUCAUGAGGGGGAUCGACGUGAACCGGGCGCCAGCGGCUGAGCGGGAGAGCGAGGAGGAGGCGGGGACAUCGUCGCCCAACAGCACCGUUUCUAGCGUCAGCGGGAAGCGCGGCGGCGCGGAGGAGCACGAGGCGGAGCGCGCGUGCUCCCGGGGUGUCUCCGACGAGGAGGAAGGCGAAGGCUCCCGCAAGAAGCUCCGCCUCUCCAAGGACCAGUCCGCCAUCCUCGAAGAGAGCUUCAAAGAGCACAACACCCUCAAUCCCAAGCAGAAGCUGGCGUUGGCCAAGCAGCUGAACCUGAGACCAAGACAGGUGGAAGUGUGGUUCCAGAACCGAAGAGCGAGGACGAAGCUGAAGCAGACGGAGGUGGACUGCGAGUUCCUCAAGAGGUGCUGCGAGAAUCUCACAGAAGAAAACAGAAGGCUCCAGAAGGAAGUCCAGGAGCUGAGAGCUUUGAAGCUAUCGCCGCAGAUCUACAUGCACAUGACCCCUCCCACCACCCUCACCAUGUGUCCUUCCUGCGAGCGCGUCUCCAACUCCACCAAUACCGCCACCGCUUCCGCACCGUCCACGGUGCCCCCGCCGCCCGAUCACCAUCCUCUCCUCCACCACCACCACCACCACCACCACCACCACCGUCCGAUUCCCAUCGCCCCUGCCGCCACCGCCGCCACACCGGCUCCCUGGGCCCCGAUACCGCUUCGCCCCUCCUUUCUCGAUGCCACUCCACAGCGUACGUAGUUAGACUGGAAGGGAAACCAAAAUCAUCACCAUGACUGGCUACCGUCGUGUGGUUAUUUCGGAGCGGAUGAUGGAUGUUGGUUGUAUGAUAUUUGGUGGGAUACAAAAGUGGAUGCGCUCGGAUACCAUGGAUGUCGCUGUACGAUGUCCAAGUGUUCUGUAACUUCUGUUGAUGAUGAUGAUGGUGGGUGGGUGAGUGAUGGAGGGAGACACUCCGUCAGCUUUUCUUUUUUGACGGGGAAUUCCUUGGCCUAUCUUUCUCAUCAUAUUUUGUUCAAGCAGCUCCACUUUUUUUCUUGGGCUUUCCUCUACUUUAGUUAUGGAAAUAUUCUAGGAAAUCUAAGAGGAGGUGGGGGUUUUCUCCGACCCUCAGUCCCGAAGUCUCAAAAAAAAAAUAAAAAUGUCGAGCUCUUUUUCUUAUUUAUGAUUUGAUUACAUGAACUCGUAUCAUGUAAAGGGUUUCCUUCUUUUCCUUCUGUCCCCCUCUUUUUCUUCUUUUAAAUUAUUUUUUGUUCUA